GAAUUUAAGAAAACACAACGGUUAGCUCUUCUCUAAUCAAGGAGUAUUUUAGGAAUAUUGGCAAAUCUUCCACUUUCAUAAGAAAUCCCAACUUUCAACAAGCACAUGAAGAUUAUACACAACAUUUAGAAUGGAUCAAUUCCUUCACAUUUCCAAACUAUCAAUUUUCCAGUCAUUCCUUGUUCAAGUAAAAAGGUCACUUACUUGUACAUUCAAGUCCACUACUAGAAAGAAAUUAUAUUCUCUCCUUAACCUAGAAUAGCAUAGAAACCAAUAAUCUAAAGAGAAGAUGCUGAAAUGAGCACUUUGCAUCAAAUUCAAAAUGGCUUUCGCAAAAAAACAAAGGCUUCUUCCCAAAUUGCAGAGACUCUUGAAUACUUUAAUUUAAUAAAUUAAACUGUAAAAUGA